CUGCUGGCAGAAUACUAGUCACAGAAGUGUAUGUAGCCUGAGCCGUUUUUUUCUGUUGACCAUAGACAGGUUUUAUGGACGUCAGUUGUACGACUAGUAUUUAGUGGGGCAAUUGACUUGCAUUUGCAAUAUGAAGAAUGGAAGAAGACGAUGUUACUAUCAGAGAGCAGAAUUUUCACAGCCAAGUUCGAGAGUACAUUAUUUGUUUCCUACUGUUUGCAGUACUCUACAUUGUGUCGUACUGCAUCAUCACCAGGUACAAGAGGAAAACAGAUGACCAGGAGGACGAAGACGCCAUCGUCAACAGAAUAUCACUGUACCUGUGCACCUUCACCCUGGCCAUGUCGGGUGGGGCUGUUCUCCUCCUGCCUUUCUCUAUCAUUAGCAAUGAGAUCCUGCUCUCCUUCCCCAAAAACUACUACAUUCAGUGGCUCAAUGGCUCCCUCAUCCAUGGCCUGUGGAAUCUGGUAUCGCUCUUCUCCAAUCUCUGCCUCUUCGUCCUGAUGCCGUUUGCCUAUUUCUUCCUGGAGUCCGAGGGAUUUGCUGGAUCAAAAAAGGGCAUUAAGUCACGGGUUCUAGAGACCUUUGUGAUGCUCUUCCUCCUCGGACUGCUCAUCCUAGGAAUAGUCUGGGUGGCGUCCGCGCUCAUCGACAAUGACGCAGCCAGUAUGGAGUCACUCUAUGAUCUCUGGGAGUUCUACUUACCAUACCUCUACUCCUGUAUAUCUCUGAUGGGGGGACUGCUCCUCCUGAUGUGUACUCCUGUGGGCCUGUCCAGGAUGUUCACAGUCAUGGGCCAGUUACUAGUCAAACCAACCAUCCUGGAGGACCUGGAUGAGCAGAUUUACUGCGUUACUUUGCAAGAGGAAGCCCUUCAGAGGAGAUUGAACGGGUCGACAUCUCACUCUCAUUCCCAAGGAAGUGCUCAUCGACUCAACAAAGAAUUGGAUGUCGUCCGAGAUCAGAGGAAUAAACUGGAGAGGAGGAAGAAAGCGUCUGCAUGGGAAAAGAACCUGCUCUACCCCAUUGUGAUGUUAAUACUACUCACAGGGACGACCAUCUCAGUCCUACUGGUGGCGCUGAAUAUCCUCUAUCUGCUGGUGGAUGAGACUGCCAUGCCAAAGGGAUCAGAGGAUCGGGGGCUUGGGAACACCUCGCUGUCCACGUUCGGACUGGUCCAGGCUGUCGUCGACAUCAUCCUCAUGUUCUACUUGAUGGUGUCCUCAGUUGUCGGCUUCUACAGCUUGCGAGUGUUUGAAGGCCUCACUCCCAGGAAAGACGACACGACCAUGACAACGAUCAUUGGUUGCUGUGUGUCCAUCCUGGUGCUGAGUUCAGCCCUGCCAGUCAUGUCCAGAACACUUGGUAUCACCAGGUUUGAUCUUCUCGGAGACUUCGGGAGAUUCAAUUGGCUGGGAAACUUCUAUAUCGUCCUAUCGUACAACUUGCUGUUUGCCGUGGUAACUACUCUCUGCCUAGUCCGGAAGUUUACCUCAGCGGUCCGAGAGGAACUCUUGAAAGCAUUAGGUCUGGAUAAAUUACAACUGUCAAACAGCCCAACAGACCCGGAGUCUGGGAAGCUCUCGGCCAACGGGCAUCAGAAGACUCUGUAAAAGAGACAACGGACACACACACACCUAACGGCAGCCAAAGGGAGAUUUUGAUAGUACUGAACUCCACAGCAGAAGGUGAAAGGGAUUGAGUCUGUGGAAGCGACUCAACACAGUUGAAGCGACUCCCACAAUGUCUGACGGGCUUUGCGAACUGAGAAGAAACUGCAAUUUAUCUUCGUGACAUUCCAUCCUCUUCCUCGUGGAUGGAUGGAUGCAGGACAGGGACUGGUUUGAGCCCUCUGACAGACUGCCGUCUUCACAACAGUGACCUUGAUGUUGACCUCAACAGUGACUGACCAUGGGCCACAGCCGAUGUGUUGGGGACUUUCUUUUCCCUCAGCGCCAACUUUCUUCUCUCUCUUUGUCUAUUCUUAUCUCAUUCUACCCUCUAACCGUUUUUGUGGAGAGCUCCCGUCCUGUAGGUUUUCACUCCAACCCUAAUCUAUCACACUUGAUUCUAAUAAUUAGCUGGUUGAUGAGCUGAAUCAGGUUAGUUACAACUGGGGUUGGAUCGAAAGGGUAGCUCUCCAGGAACAGGGUUGGAGAGCUCUGCUCUAACCAAUCUCAUUCUACCCUCUUGUGUUUCGUGCUUGCCUAAUCACUUCUUAUCUGUUAUUUUCUCCCCAUAACCUAACCAUUGCACUAUGCCGUAUUGUCUUGGAAGAUGCAAUGUAACCUUUCGAGGCAGAGGCUGAAGAGACGCUCGCUGAUAGACUAGUGGGCAUUUUUACACUUACGUCUACUAUUUGUUUCCAGCCUGUUCUAUUUCCAGCCUGUUCUAUUUCCACCACAGUUUCAAAUACAUGUUAGUGAUAAAAUGCAGCUCAAGGUUAUUUGGAGAGAGAGAGAAAAUGCCGCCUCACCAAAGUAUAACGAGAAGACAAUUCCAUUUCAGAAUUAGAAAGUAAAUGUGAUGUGGAUCAGUGGCCAUGGGGGCAUUCACAUUAGAUUACCUGUAUUAUAUCUGAAUACUGGGUGGUCUCCAACAGUCAUCUAAUUCAGUAUGUCAUAUCAUGUAUAUUAUAUGUGUGAAGUAUGUAUGGCUACUGGUUAAAUAAGUGGACAUUUUUAUGUGUUUUAUGUCAGAAGAUAAUAUGCAAAAAAUGUGAUAAGAUGAUGCCAUUUUAUGAUAGACUUGCUUUGAAAGCACCUUGCAUGGAAAAUAAAUCGUACUUAUCACUCUCAGCCAUUUUACACGUCAUACCCAGUUGCUUUGCUUGCCCUCACAGGUGCCUGUGUAUUACCACUUCUUGCCGGUACAUUUAGUACCCCUUCACCACAGUGACCACACCGGAGCUCAGUCGGUGUCUCCUCCAUUGACACAGAAAGAAUGGGGAGGCACUGUGGAGGCGUGACUAGCCAAGCCUUCAUCUUUCUGGUUGUCGCACGCCAGUUGUGAAUGUGUAACAAUGUGCUCUUUUUAAUUUAUCUUUACUCGUAGUCUGUAGGCCUACUGUGCUUUAAUUUCAUAAAAGAUGUAGUUAAUUAUUUUGUCUUGAUUUAAUGAAUGUUGUUUUCGGUGCUGUCGAUUUCGAUCACUCUAGAGAUGGGGGGAAAUGAAGUCUUUUUUGGUCCCGAAGAGCAAAGAUCGCAGCUUUCAGAGUUUGAUCCUGUGGGUGGAUGUUUAAAAAAAAUGUUGUGCUUUGGUAAACUUGAUCUCGAUCUCCCCAAAUAACUAUUAAGCUAUUUUAAAGUGUAUCUUAUUUCACUUGGCAUGAAGCUUUUUUUGAACUUCCUAUUGUAAAUGUUGUAUUUGUACAUACCAUUUAUGUUUCAUACCUCUUUUGCAUUAUUUGGAUGUAAAUAGUGGGCUGCCGUUAAGCCUCAAGUGUUUGUUGUAAAUAAGUCUACAGAAGCUCUUUUUGGACUGUGAUGCUACUUGUCACUAGAAGCACCUUUUAUGCCUUAGCUAGAGGAGGAAUUCACCACAGUCUUUAUAGGAGGCUCCUAUUUGUGUGUGUAUGCUCACACGUGUAGGUAUGUUUGUUCAAAAAAAGACAACUUUACUGUGAACACCUUGUCUCUGGAUUUCAAUUGCAAACCAGUUUGAACUUCUUCAUUGUCCUUUGCGGUGAAGGUAGUGUAUAAUCUCCCCUUAACUCAAAUAGCCAUAGUGGGCUUCCAAAAAUACGAAUUACCAGAUAACCUGAGCACUUGUGAAAAUGGAAGGUGAUGGGCCCCAAUAAUUAAUGUUUCAUAGACUGUUUUUAUGAUGUGUUUUCAGUGUGACUUGUCAUGAUGUAAAUGGCAGGGGAUACGAUUAACGUUUUUUAUUAAAAUAUGCAUUUGAGACUUCUUGUUUUGUACAGGGAUUUUUUUUUUUU